CUCUCUCUCUCUCUAGUUCCUUCUCCCAUAUAAACCCUCCCACACAUCCUCUCUAUCCCCUUCCAAUCCUCUCUUUCUCUCUCUCUCUCUCUCUCUUUCUAUAUAUCUCUCUAUAUAUAUCUCUCUCUCUCUUAUACCAACCUACAAAUAUAACAAGAUAACACAAAGCCAUCUCUCUCUCGCUUUCUCUCUAUAGAGAACCAUGGGGAGGUCUCCAUGUUGUGAAAAGGCGCACACAAACAAAGGAGCAUGGACUAAGGAAGAGGACCAACGCCUCAUAGCAUACAUCAAAGCCCAUGGAGAGGGGUGUUGGCGCUCUCUUCCGAAAGCCGCAGGCUUGCUUCGAUGCGGAAAGAGUUGCCGACUCCGGUGGAUGAACUAUCUCCGCCCCGACCUCAAGCGCGGUAACUUUACGGACGAGGAGGAUGAGCUCAUCAUCAAGCUCCAUGGCUUGCUUGGGAAUAAAUGGUCCCUUAUCGCGGGGCAGUUACCGGGCAGGACGGAUAACGAAAUCAAGAACUACUGGAACACCCACAUAAAGCGCAAGCUCAUUAGCCGUGGCCUCGACCCACAAACUCACCGACCGUUAUCCACCGCUGCUGCCGCCGCCACUGCUACCGCCGCCACUGCCAUCGCUGUUGCCACCCCCUCUCUCCACCGCGAAGUCACUCCCAUGGAGUUAAAGCCCUCCACCGACCUCUCCACCGAGGACUGCUGCCAGCACAGCGGCGGCACUGCCAACCUAGACGAAGACCGGUGCCCCGACCUCAACCUCGACCUCUCAAUAAGCCUCCCGAAUUGCUCCUCGCCGAAAACUUCAGCUUCCUCUGAAUCGCUUACACCGCCAAACGCUCCGCAAGAAGUUACAACACCAAUUUCACUUAUACCAACUUAUAGCACCACACCCAUUUGCUUGUGCUACCACCUAGGUUUCCAAAGCAAGAAGCCUUGUAAUUGCCAAACUAGCAAAAACCCACAUGUUUUUAGAUACUACAGACCCUUGGAAGAAGGGCAAUACAUAGAAUAGUUAGCAUUGUAUUCAUCUUGUUACUUCAUGUCAUUAAAAUUUUCUAAUGGAGAAGAAGAAGAAGAAGAAGAAGAGGAGUCACUAUGUUCCAAGAUGUACUCCACAUGUUAGGUAUAUCUUUGUCCACACAUGAUUAGAUUUGUUAAUGGGUCAUUUGUCACAAAAAAUGUUAAUGGGGUACUUUCUUUUUCUUUUUUUUUUUCCUUUUGUUUAAUUCCCUAUGGAGGGACAAGGUGAUAAGGGUUGGUGUGGAAAGAGAAGGGUUAGUUUUGUGAAUCUGAUUCUCUUUUGGAGUCUUUUCUUUU